GCAACUGUUUCUUUCAACUGAUUUUCUUUCUUUUCCUCCCAAAAGACAAUUGUCCUCAAGCUUUGGAGUAUAAUCUUACAGAGGUUUUGAUUUUCUUUACUACAAUAUUGUUCACAGUUAUCUGAUUCAUUAGGUGCGUGUCAGUCUGCUUUAACCGGUCUUUUCGAUCAAGACUUCGUUCCGAACGGUUGUUUACAAACUCUCUGCAGCAUCAAGGAUGUCCGAAGAAAACAAAACUCUCAGGGAAGGAAUGCUUGUGGGGCUAUGUAAUCCGCUUUUGGAUAUCUCCGCGGCUGCAGAUGUGGCAUUUUUAGAAAAGUACGAUUUGCAACUAAACAAUGCAAUUUUGGCCGAAGAAAAACACAAGCCCCUUUAUAAGGAAUUGGUGUCUCAGUACAAAGUAGACUAUAUUGCUGGUGGAUCUGGACAAAACGCUCUUCGAGUUGCACAAAAAGUAUUGGAAAAGCCAAAUACUACUGUUUUUAUGGGUUGUGUUGGUAAAGAUGAAUACAGUGAAAUCCUGGAAACAAAAGCAAGGAGUGAGGGUGUGAAUGUAAGGUAUCAAUACACAGAAUCUGAAUCAACAGGUACGUGCGCCGUUCUUCUAACUGAAAACGGGGCGAAUCGUUCAUUGUGUGCAAACCUUGCCGCAGCAAACCUUUUCACUAAGCAUCACAUUGAAAUUCCUGAAAAUAGGAAGUUUAUUGACGAAGCAGAUUUUUUCUACAUCACGGGCUUUUUCCUAACUGUUAAUCCAGAUACUAUUAUGGAAGUUGCGCGCCAUGCGAACGCUCAGAAUAAGACUUUAAUGAUGAAUCUGAGUGCCCCAUUUCUAUCGCAGUUUUUUAAAGAACCAAUGAUGCAAACCUUUCCUUACAUUGAUAUUCUCUUCGGAAAUGAAACGGAAGCUGAAACUUUUGCCAAAGAGCAAAAUCUGCCUGUUAACAAGGAAGAUAUGUCGGAGAUCGCAUUGAGCAUUGCUGCUCUACCAAAAGAAAACAAGAAUAGAAACCGUAUUGUUAUUAUAACUCAAGGAAAAGACGAUGUUAUCAUCGCUCAAGGUCACUACGCACUUAUAUCUGAUAGCGCUAUUUUUCAAAAUGUAAAAAUAAAUAUAUUUUCAGAUGGCAAAAUAACGCGAAUCCCUGCUAUCAGUGUACCGAGUGAGAAGAUUGUCGACACCAAUGGAGCUGGCGAUGCAUUCGUUGGCGGAUUUAUUUCCCAGAUUCUUCAAGGCCGCCCCAUUGAUGUUUGCGCUCGUUGCGGUGUUUGGGCUGCGACCCAAAUAAUCCAGCAAGAUGGUUGCACCUUUCCAAAAGACUUGCAAAUUCCAGAAGAAUUUCGUUCUGUUUAACAUCCGAAUAAUUUUAUGGUCAUGACUUAUCUGAAUGCAGAAUAACUCAUUUCACGAAGCUUAUAGCCAAAACAAACCACUCCAUGGAGCAGGUUGCUUUAAAAAAGCAAAAAUGUGCGAGUUGUUGUUUUCUUCGACAUUCUUGAUCGGUCAAAUGAUUAAUAAAAGUUAAUAGCCUUGAGAUAACUCACUCGUGUAUCAAUACAGGAGUACAAAGGCCUUUAUUAAUACACAUAUUUCAGAUUA